AUGGAUUCAACAAUGCUGUUCCACAUUUUACUACCCUUUACGCUGUGUCACAUGAUUUACAAAGUCAUUCCUCAGCAUUGUGACAAUGGAGAAUACUCUAUAUUUGGCAAGAUGCUUAGAGGACACAUAUUUAAAACGAUAAAGGUAUCAACGCCCCAUGAAUGUCUUCAGGCGUGCAACAAUGACAUCAGAUGUCGAAGCUUUAAUUAUGUCAUCAUGAGAGACGUGUGUGAACUUAACAACCGGACCAAGGAAGCCAGGCCUGAAAAUUUUGUUCCUGACUACAAAAGAUACUAUUUUAAAAGAACUGCAAAAUCAGGCAAGUUUUUUUUAAUACGAUACGUCCUUGACGGCUUGGAAAUAGACUAAAACUAAACAAGAAAUUGGAAAGUACUAAGAAUGGGAAAGUAUGAAGUUUUUCUCUACAGGCCAAUGCGAGAAAAAAUCUCGUAUAGACGGAUACAUUUCACAAAAGUGGUUAAUUUUAAUGACCCAAACCCAGCCUUGAUGGCGUUGAGAAAUUGUGCCUUAGCAGAACAGGGUGUUCUGUCGCACUUUGUUAUAAUCAUCGCACUUUGUAAUACCUGUCGCAAUUUGUAAUAAAAUUGUCGCACUUUGAAGUACUAUACACUUGUCGCAUUUCAUAACAAACUUGAAAUGGAUGGUCGGAGGACAAGUAACAACAACAACAACAAAACAACAAUGACAAUACUACUACUACUACUACUACUACUACUACUACUACUACUACCACUACUACUACUACUACUACUACUACUACUACUACUACUACUACUACUACUACUACUACUACUACUACUACUACUACUACUACUACUACUACUACUACUACUACUACUACUACUACUACUACUACUACUACUACUACUACUACUACUACUACUACUACUACUACUACUACUACUACUACUACUACUACUACUACUACUACUACUACUACUACUACUACUACUACUACUACUACUACUACUACUACUACUGAACCAAUCCAAAUUCUAAUUAGACAAUAUAUGGAGAGAAACACCGAAGAUGUGAAUAUCUCCUUAGAAAACGCUAUGAAAAUUCUAACUGAGAGCUCCAAGCUAUGCCUAAAAAUUAAAGCUAAGAAAACUUAUAAGCGUAUUAAGAAAUCAUCCAACAAGAAAUGGUUCGACUGUGAAAGUCGCUUGAAAAGGCAUGAAUUACGAAAAGUCUCAAAUGAAAAGCACCGUGACCCCCUCAACUCCGAAGUGCGGGAAAGAUAUCACAAAACCUUGAAUGAUUACAAAAAGCUCCUAGACACAAAGAAGAGAGGAUUCCACAAAGAAAAAACAUUACAACUCGACGAACUAGCUUUAAAUCCUGACAAGGCGUCAUUUUGGAAUUGUUUAAAUUCGAUGAGCGACACUUUCAACGAAAAUGUUCCUGCCCCAAUCUCGGAAGAAUCAUGGCUUCACCAUUUCAAAUCUCUGCAUUCUAUUGACCCGACGAAUUCCACGCAUGAACAUGAAAUCCAUAGGGAACUAAAUUCUUUAGAACACGAAAAGGAACAGUUUAACCAUCUCGAUUAUGAGAUAACUGAGAGGGAAAUACGUCAAGCGGCGAAGAAAUUGAAAAAUAAGAAAUCACCAUUUGUUGACAAAAUACGAAAUGAAAUGAUCAAAGCAAGCCUCGAACCACUAAUGCCUGUCUAUGUCAAACUUUUUAACCUCAUUUUACAAUCCGGAAAAAUGCCAGAUGUUUGGUGUCAAGGCCUCAUAACCCCAAUUUACAAAUCUGGUGACAAGAGUGAUCCAACAAAUUACAGAGGCAUAUGUGUUUCUAGUUGCCUUGGAAAACUGUUCUGUUCUAUUUUAAAUCGAAGACUUCACUUGUAUUUUGAGGAAAAUAAGAUAUUACAUAAUUCCCAAAUUGGCUUUUUGCCUGAAAACCGCACUGCAGACCAUGUUUUCACUCUAAGGACCCUAAUAGAUAAAUAUGUGCAUUAUCACAAGGAAAAAGUCUACGCUUGUUUCGUAGAUUUCCGCAAAGCGUUUGACUCUGUUUGGCACGAAGGAUUGUUUUAUAAGCUGCUAAAAACGAAUAUAGGAGGAAACUUGUACAACCUCAUGAAAAGUCUUUAUUGCAACCCGACAUGUUCCAUCAAAAUCGGUGAAAACAAAACACAGCCUUUUUCAUAUUCCAGAGGUGUACGUCAAGGCUGUAUUUUAAGCCCUCUUUUAUUUAACCUCUAUUUAAACAAUCUACCACUUUUAUUCGAAAACACCUUAUCUGACCCAUUUGUUCUCCCAAAUGGGAAAAAAAUAAAUUCACUUUUGUACGCAGAUGAUUUAGUUAUUCUAUCAAGAUCGAAAACUGGAUUACAGAACUGUUUAAAUGCGCUUUCUUUGUAUUGUGACAAAUGGAAGCUAAAAAUUAAUCCCAAGAAAACAAAAAUUAUGAUAUUCCAGAAACGCCCCAAAAAAUCUAUUGACAUCAAAUUCAACAUAGGCAGUGAGUCAAUUGAAAUUGUCCAAGAAUACACUUAUUUAGGUACACGUUUAACUCCAACGGGAAACUUUACACUUGCACUCGAACACUUAAAAGAAAAGGCCCUUCACGCGUUUUCUAGUAUUCGGAAGCGGACAAUUCUUAACAAACUUAAUCCUAAUACUGCAUCCCAAAUUUUUGACACCAUGGUAUUCCCAAUCUUGAGUUACAACAGCGAGGUAUGGGGAAUGUACACCAAGCAAGAUUUUAAAAAAUGGGAUAGCUCCCCAAUAGAAAAAAAAUCCACCUCAAAUUCUGUAAACGUUACUUAGAGGUUAACAAUAAGGCCUCUAACAUAGCCUGCAGAGCUGAACUUGAUAGACUGCCGCUGCUUAUCCCGAUAAAUCAGAAAAUUAUGAAAUAUUUUGUUUACCUCAACAACAAAGAUAAUGACUCUAUAGUCAAACAGUCUUUCCUUAUGUCAAAGAAUCUACAUUCUAUGAAUAAUUCCGGAUAUUUUUCCAAUUUCAUAAACAUGCUUGAACAAUACAAUCUGACCAGUUUAGAUGCUGAAUCUCUAGAUAAUGAUAAAAUUAGACGAUAUACCACAGAAAUGAGAGAGAAAUAUCUAUCUUUUUGGCGGCACAGCCUCGAAAAUUCAAAAAAACUAGAAUUUUAUAAAACUUUUAAAGAUGAAUAUUCUACAUCUGAUUAUCUCUACCAGCUAAGACAUUAUGACGAACGACAGAAUUUUGUUAAAUUUAAAAUAAGUAAUCACAAACUUAUGAUUGAACAUGGUCGAUACCAAAUCGAUCAUUUGCCAAGAGAAAAUAGAUUAUGUCCUUUAUGUAACUCAAAUCAGGUAGAAGAUGAGAUUCAUUUCCUCUUUCAAUGUAACAAAUACUCAGUACAGAGACAGGCAUUUAUUAAUCAAAUCAAUCGAAUAAUACCUGACUUUGACAAGAAAUCAUCUCCAGAAAGCAUAAAACUGAUAAUGAAUUCGAAGGAACAUCAUGUAAAUAAGUUAGUUAUGAAGUUUGUCUCCUCCUGCAUGAAAAUACGUGAUUCAUUGUUAGUAAUGUAACCGAAUUUUUCUAGAUUGUUAUUAGUGCUGUUUUGUUUUUUUAUUUUGAUUGUCAUAUACAUGCUUUUGCAAUACUGUAAAGUGAUGCGGUCAUGCAAAUAAAGCAAUUUAUUACUACUACUACUACUACUACUACUACUACUACUACUACUACUACUACUACUACCACCACCACCACCACCACCACCACCACCACCACUACUACUACUACUACUACUACUACUACUACUACUACUACUACCACUACUACUACUACUACUACUACUACUACUACUACUACUACUACUACUACUACUACUACUACUACUACUACUACUACUACUACUACUACUACUACUACUACUACUAUACUACUACUACUACUACUACUACUACUACUACUACUACUACUACUACUACUACUACUACUACUACUACUACUACUACUACCACCACCACCACCACUACUACUACUACUACUACUACUACUACUACUACUACUACUACUACUACUACUACUACUACUACUACUGCUACUACUACUACUACUACUACUAAUAAUAAUAAUAAUAAUAAUAAUAGUAAUAGAAGUAAUAACAAUAGAUGAAAAUGAAGAUCACUUCGUGUUGCAGUGCAUUUAGAACACUGUAAUGAGGUCAGAAAUCAAGACCUCGCAGCAACUACAUUACAGUUUUUGCUUUGCAGUCCCACUCGGUUCUAUUCCUGAGAUACCUGCCGAAACUUGCAAAGAAAUCAAAGCCAGUGAACUUGGACAAGCAGUCAGUGGUGACUAUUGGUUUGAUUCGGUUCUACCCGGCCAGAUAAUUCUUCUUCCCUGUAAUAUGGAAACAGAAGGUCAGUGACUCUACGAGUCCGUAAAAGAUCGUCUCAGGGUUAUGUUCACAUUGUACCGAAUAGCUUUUUCGUGGCGACUCGAAAAGUCCUCCGGUAUAGCAUGAACAGCUACGACUCCAGGACACCGAACUGGAAAAAUUCGUCCACACGCAUCAAACAUCGCCAGAGCUGUUAGCCGAGAGGGUUUGGUUCUCUAAAUGUCAAUCCUCACUUUCAAUCCUUUCGUUCCAGUCGUCUUUCUACUUAUUUACUUCUGCUACUGUCCGAAGACCUGUUCACACUACACCAAAGUGUGCCACAGAACCAAUCACAUAUGUUAUGCUCCACUUCGCUCCGUUACCGAACUCGCGCUUAGAUCAAGUGACAUUCUAAUGUGUGAACAGAAGUCUUAUCGGGAAUGAUUUUCCUGCCGGCGCAAAAGCUGUUCAGUAUAGUACAGUGUGAACAUAACCUCAGAUGAAUGACGUGAUACCAGCCCAGUUUAAGUUGCUUUCGGUUUUAUCUAUUAAGUGGUAUAACCGUUUAUAUUCCUUAUAAUCUGACUGUGUGCCUGUUUCAGAUGCUGAUGAAUGCACCGCGCCAGCCGUCUGUGACGUCAUCAAUGGCAACUGUACCAAUACCGUUGGUUCCUAUUUUUGUUCCUGCAAAGUUGGUUUCACUGGAGAUGGUAGGACCUGUACUGGUAAGAUGAAUACAAAUACGGUUCUGCAAAAAUAAUCACAUUUCUCGCGUGUACCUAACUUGAAUAGAAAAACACUAGGCUAUUUCCGAGUUCCAAAAAUUCUCACUUUCACAACGAGGCUUAAUGCAAAACCUUUCUUGUAAAAAUACAUUUUAUUUGCAGAGGAAUAAAAAAUCUUCAUAUCAGUAGAUUCGCACUUAUCUUCACUUUGAAACAGAGGCUUGAAGCAGCUCUGAAAUUGUCUGUUGCACCGUUACUCACUCGUGCUGCACACUUUUAAACGUGCUUCGUUUAUCAAACAGAUACAACAAAAUGUAAAUGCUUAAAACAGUAGUUCCCUUUUCUCUCUUUUAUCUUGUUGACUUAUAUACCUUGAUAUCAAAGAGUGUGCCGACAUCUCGUAACUAAAGCCUUUUAAAAUGGUCCAAACCCAGCUUGAACUGCAAAAGUUAACAGCGGGUUCCCAACCAUGGCUUUUUCCAAAGGUCUUAGACUUCCCUUACUAGGCUAUCUACAAUGCCUUUAAGUUUCUAGAAUUGGGCUAUCCUAGGACGUCUUUAGACUUUUCGAAAUGUUAUAUGGUAUUUGAAAGAGUUUACAGAAAAAAGAUAUUUUUUGAUUUUCCUCUUAUUUUUUUGUCACUAUUUUCGAAGAAGAAAAUUGGGGUGGGGGCGGGGGGGAUGUCCUUUCUUAGGAAUAAUAGUCAAACAUGGAGAGCCAAUUGCUCAAAACCCAUUUUCCUCCCCGAAAAUCUUUCAAAAAUGGAACAGUCAUGUAGAAAUGUUUAGCUUUUGUCAAGCUUAAACAUCUCUAGGCAAUCUAUUUGCUUCCUCGAACAGAUAUUUCACAGGACACAGUUGGCUAGUGUUCCUGGAUAACGGUUCAGUCAUUGAGUUAGAAUGCGGUGGUUCGCUCAGUUACAUCGAGAAGUAUUGUUAAUCGUUCCUAGGGUCUCCUUAUCUUCUAUCCUUGGAGUAUACGCCACACUGGUAACAAGAAAAACAAGGGAUAGGAAAGUUUUACUAAAGAACACUGUCUCUUACAUUUGCUAUGUCCACAGAUGUCAACGAGUGCAGUGUUUCUCCUUCUGUAUGUCACGUCAAUGCCAAUUGUCAGAACAACGUAGGCUCUUAUGUUUGUUCUUGUAACACUGGAUUUGCUGGAGAUGGGAAAACAUGCACAGGUAAUAAGAUUGCACCAUUUAUAUUUGUUAUUGUUCCUUUGAUUCAACUUCCGUGUUUAACAAUAAACCAAAGUUGCCAAAAAUGCCAAAAUGCAUCUAAAUUUACAUAGUUCUAAUACGCUUUGAUAGGAAUUAUUUUUCUCACGAGAAUCAUAUUAAUCAUGGUGAACAGCCGCUGAAAAGGUAUUCUUUGCGUUUGAUUUUGCUCACAAUUGAACUAGGCCACAAGCGCCCCAAAAAACUGCAAUGGGCUUACCCCGAUAUAGCCUUGUUCCUGUUGGGUAAGGCUCUUUCUGCUUGCUUCAUUUUCUGGGUGGCGGCCAGGGGGAAGACUCCACUGGGUCGCUAUAUCAGGGUCCGGAAAGAAACUCCCGGGAUCCGGGAUUUGGCCAAAACACACUGCGGGAUUUGCCAAGGGGGCACGGAUGUGGGAUUGGGGAAGAUAACGAUUUUCGGGAUAGUAAUGAAAGAAGUUCUGGAUGCGGGAUUCCCGUGAAAAAGGAGCGGGAAUGCUGGAUCAGCGCUUCUAUUUCUAGAGUCUGCUGGCUAUGUGCUGAAAAAGUUAUCGCCCAAAGGAAAGGAACGUGCUACUGAGGAAGAGUGACUAUUGCUAAAUAUUUUCCGUUUUGAUCGAUAGAUGUCAACGAGUGUAGUGCCUCAGCUUCCGUUUGUAACGUCCCCAAUGCCAACUGUAAGAACAAUAUAGGGUCCUAUGUUUGUUCUUGUAGUGCUGGAUUUACUGGAGAUGGGAACACGUGUACAGGUAAGAUUGUACCGUUUACUUGUCUAACAACCGGAGUGGACCUAGGCCUGUAGUCUGAGAAAACAGCCGACAUUUCUUGACACUACCACAAGUUUUCAUGCACAAAAUGACGUCUGAGGAAUGAACAUGGAAAUUUCACACUAAUGACGUGUCACUACUUUGAUCUGGGCGGUGCUUCUGAUUGGUCUUGCCGCGAGGGAAAUAGGGGUUAGCCAAUCAGAAGCAUCACCCAGAUAUGGGUAGUAAAACAUGAUCAGUGUGGAAUUUCUACGCUCGUUCCCCAGACAUCAUUAUCGGCUGUUUUCUCAGGCCAGAGUAAGCCCAAAAAUGCCACAAAAUCAACAAAUGGCUCUGAUAGGAUCUUAUACCAACACAAAUUUCCAUUUUAAUCCAUAGAUAUAAAUGAGUGCAGUGCCUCACCUUCUGUUUGUGACGUCAAUGCCAACUGUCAGAACAAUGCUGGCUCUUAUACGUGUUCUUGUAAUGCCGGGUUUAUAGGAGAUGGAAAUACGUGCGAACAAGGUAUGUCGAUGUUACUGUCAUGGCACAUCACUGGUCCGGGGGCGGGUUUUGUUUAACGCUGAGUUAAGAUAACCCACGGUUAAAAAAGCAAAUUAAGUUGAAUUCUUUUGUCAACAAUUAAAUGAUUCGAUGCUCAAAAAAGAAUCGAGAAAAUUAUCCUGGAAAAAGCUUUUGAAAAGAAGGAAUUAGCCCUGGAUAAAAAUCUAAUCCUGGGUUGGCGCUAAUCGGUCUUCGAACAACUAGCUGGGCCCAGGGGAAAUAAUUUUCCUGCAAGAGCUGUCUCUUGUAAGCUGUGUGCGGUACACGUAUUUGCUAAACACACGGAAGUAGCAGUCUUUUCAGGCUUAGACGAGUCUUCAAAGCAAAACGUGAGCGAAAUCGUACACUAAGCGCCCUUCCUGUGAAUUAGUGCCCCUCUUCUAUUGACUCAAAAAAAUUAAAAAAAUAAAAAUAAACAAAUAAAUAACCCCGGCGCUAAUUCGAGCACAUUACUAAGGGAAAGACCGGAUUUGACCUUAGCUCACUGUUCCUCUUCAGAAUCAACUGUAUUGCGUUUUACUUGAAAAAAAUAACAAAUAACAAAUUAAAGUGAUUUAAAAGUAAGGAGAUUUAAUAUGUGGUCGAAAUUCUGCUGCAAGGUCUGGAAACUUGUAACAUACUUUGUUUUUGUUUUGUUUUGUUUGUUUAACUGUUUGUUUUCAUCGUCAGGAGUAUACGUUUCAUGCGGCAACCGGGAGUCAACUUCGCGUCUCGUUCAAAUAAUUCAAAUCUGAUUUAAUAAGAAACCCAACUGAUACUGAGGAGGCGAACCAGUUGGCUAUUUCACAAGCGUGGCCGAGGAUUUGAACUUGAAACAAGGAAAACAAAUCCAGUUAGCGGUCAGGGUGGGACUUGAACUCGCGGCCUCAAGAGCUGGCUGCACACAGCCGUUUUAGGGUCGUCAAGCCAUGCUCCUCCCCACUGGGGAGGAGCGUUUUCGACACUAAAAACAGGGUGUAAAGACCCUGGGGAGAGCCGGCUGCAGACUCCUAGGGCCAAUUUAAGGGUAAAUUUAAUAAAACUUUUAAAAGUGUACGCAUUGUUUUCGUGUCUAAAAAGCAAAAGCUACACUAAGACUUGUAAAUUACUCUUGUAAUAGUUUUAUUUAAUUCACACCUGAUGGUUGCCAUAAGUGACGGUGAGCUCAAUCUCGACGAUCUAACGGAAAGAUAGGGGCUGGGUUGUGAACAGUCUAAGUAGGGUAACACCCCCCUUUACUUACUUUUCUUCCUUGUCUUUCUUUCCUCCCGUUAGACACGAGUUCCUGUGCAGUGCGAAGAGCAAAUUCACAGACAACUGACGGAAUUUAUCAACUUCAAACAAGUUCUUCCUCAAUUCCGGUAAGUACGUUUCGGCUGAGUUUCAAGAUUAUUUCAGUUCGAUUUUUUUAUUAAAUAGGCAGUCGUUAAAAGGUAGCAGAAAGCAAUGUACAACCUGGCCUAUGAGACGGCUUCAUUCAGUUAAAAAUGUAAAAAAAAAAUUGACACUUCUGGCGUAAUGGAUGGUUAACUCGUUUGCCUCUUACAGUUUAUGAAGGUUAAGAGAAUAAAUUUUAUUAUAUAAACACCAAUGAAAUACCAAGUGAGCUUCCGCGCGAAAACUUGAUAUCUUCACAUGUGAAAAUAACAUGUUAUCUUCACAUGUGAAAAUAUCACCGUUGUUAUGGCUUCAUAAGAAACCUUUCAGACCAAAAUGGUUUGGUAUUUCAUUAGUGUUUAUAUAAUAAAUAGAACAUAACAUGGUCGCUUGGAGAUACAGAAUUUCUCUUCUCGUGUUGAAAAAAUAUUUCACUCGUUCGCUGCGCUCACUCGCGAAAUAUUUUUCAACACUGGAAAAGAAAUUUCGUAUCUCCACGCGGCCAUGUAAUAUCCUCUAUAUAUGUCUUCGUCGGAAGAAACUAGGGAGCUUUAGCAUCGACGACGGCAAGGGCAGCGAAAACGUCACUUUUAAAAUGAAUUCUCGUUUUUUCAAUCUUUGUCGCGUUUAUUCCAAUUUGCUGAAAAUGGCAAGUGUACGAGAAUUUCCCGGGAGUUGAUUUCUUGAGAACCGCACUCGCGUUUAGAGAGAGAAAAAGAGAUUCGUCGUCGCUUGUUUACGUCCUCCAUAAAACUUGCAAUUAGGCAUUUUCACGUCGUAGUCGUGCAAGGACGGUAAAGAAAUGUACAAAAAAGCGUGAUGCACGUGCAAAGUUUUCGUUUUUCGUAAUAAACUUUUGCUUUUUGGACGUCCUGUCCGUUCCCGUCGUCGUCACCGUUGCUAAAGCUCCCUUCUAUAAUUCGGGAAAUCGCGUAACUUGUGGUGAAUUCUGUUUCAGAACAUACGAAGGGUGGCCAUGGCCAGUAGCGCUGGAAUUUACCCACUGGAAUUUGUUAUUGCAAACGGCUAACUGCGUAUCCUACAAUACGCAAAAAUUGCCUUUUAUUGAAUCGGAACAAUGUAGAAGGUUUCAAUUAAACACGGAAAUAUCGGGCAAAUACGUACGGCCAACUCUCACUUAACGGACAACUCUAUACGAGGGACACCUCGUCAAAACGGACACCUAGAGUUGAUCCCCGUCUUUAGUUAUUUAGCUGUUUUUAUUUUUCUGGAUUUGACUCGCCAUUAGACGAGAAAUCAUCAGAAGCACUACCCAGAUCUGGUAAGUGCUCGGUGGGGGGGGGUUGACUACGCAUAUAAAUAAUCAGGUUAGUAUGAGUCUUUACCGCUUGUCUCCAGGCGAAAAUACCAUAUGACAAAUAAGAGGAAAGGGGAGCUUUAUAAAUAGUCUGCUAAGAAUCUGAGUCUAGCAAUUAUGCAAACUGUUUCACACAUUUUUUUUUAUUAAUAAGAUUAAUAUGUUGCUUCCAAGUCAAAUUGUUGUCGAUGAGCACUCCCAAGUCGCUCACAAAAACCUUGCGAUUAUUAUUUUUAUGUCACCCUUUUUAUAAAUAAAGAUAAAGGAUUUUAGGGGACUUUAUGAGAUUUUUUAGACGGAUGAAACCGGGAUCAUUUUUGGAGAUAUUUUAGGCCAUUUUUAAAAUUAUUUUUAUUGUAGCGUGUAGGGCCCGGCCACCACAUGGCUUCCAAACUCAGUCAACCGUAUAAUUUUACCUUCAGGUGUAUUGUGACAUGACGACUAAUGGAGAGGGCUGGACUCUGGUGGCCCGGUUCUCGAACGCCGACGCUGCAAACUGGAUGAAAGACUCUGGAGAAUGGUGGUAUGAUAAAAGUGUAGCUUAUGGACAUACCACUGUCCCCUCAAGCAACACUGACAUGAUCUCUCCAGCAUUCUGGCUUGUCAGCGGAACUCAUUUCAAGAUUACGCGCAGUGAUAACCCUCAAACCGCUUUGUUGAAGACCACAAGUAACUGCUUGGGCGGGCAGACAUUCAGAUCUAAGAUAACAAGCUAUGGUAACUUCAGAAACGGCCGAGUUUGGGCAAGCAACAAGUGUCUAGGAAAAUGUGCGGUCCAAUACGGCGGACAAUACCAAACGACUCAUGGCUUUACGAUGUCAACCUGCUCUGGGAGCGUCCAAAGCGCCAAUUAUAUCGGGUUCUGGUGCGACUACAGUAGUGGUGAUGGAGCUGUAAUGAUGAUUGGUGGCGGCGGAUCCGCUUGUUCACGUGCUGAUCACGGGAUUGGGGUAACAGAAGCUAACAGCGCUAACUUCGAUUUCAGUCCUGAGAGAGAUUUUGGCAAUGAUGGUGGUUCCGGGACCAGCGCCUACUCGUUAAACCUGUGGGUGCGCUGA